AUGUCACAGCGAAAGCUACAACAGGAUAUCGAAAAGCUUUUGAAAAAAGUCAAAGAAGGAUUGCAAGAUUUUGAAGAUGUAUAUGACAAGUUUCAAAGCACUGACGCUUCCAACACAUCGUACCGCGAAAAGCUAGAAGGGGACUUGAAACGUGAGAUCAAGAAGCUACAAAAACACAGAGAUCAGAUUAAGACAUGGCUGAGCAAAGAAGAUGUCAAGGACAAGCAGCAAGUGCUGAUGGAACAUCGACGUUUAAUAGAAUCAGGCAUGGAACGAUUUAAAUCGGUAGAAAAACUGAUGAAGACCAAGCAAUUCUCUACAGAGGCGCUCACAAAUCCAGACAUCAUCAAAGACCCUCGCGAGCUGAAAAAACGGGAUCAAUUCCUGUUCAUUCAGGACUGUCUUGAAGAAUUGCAAAAACAGCUAGAGUCGUUCGAAGCUCAAGAAGAUGAGCAUCAAUGCGAAAGACACGUUUUCCACAUCGCCAACCUAGAAAAUAUUUUAAAACAACUGCAAAACAACGAACUUGAGCCUGACACUGUGGAGGAGUAUCAGGACGACAUUCAAUACUACGUGGAAAACAACGACGAUCCAGAUUUCAUAGAGUACGAUACGAUUUAUGAUGACAUUGGGUGUGAGAUCCAGCCCGGUGACGAGGUCAAAGAUGCCGAGACGCCUUUAAAAGCACCAAAGCUAAGCAGAGCGGAAAGGUCGCCAAAAAAAAGAGAAUCAUCAGUGCCUGUUCAGCCACCCACCUCAGCAGCGGGCUCGACUGCGGAAAGGUCCAGUAUUGUGACUGCAUCGCCAAACGCUUCAACCACAAAUUUGGCUUCUUCGCCCGUGAAAAAGGAUGCCAGUCAUCAACAGCAGUUGUCUGAGAGGAGCGGAACUCCUAGCCUGAAAAAUCAGUCCAUUGGGAGCUCAGAUCAAGCUCAAGGACAGACUCAAUCCUGUGCGCCGGCCGAAAAACCGGCAGUGCAACCUCCCAGGGAUAUUUCGAAAGAAAUCGAAGAUAUUUUGGCACAAGACAGAACGGAAUACUCAGCUUUGCAAAAUCCGCUUUUUCAACCUGGAUUGGACUACUGGCUGGAAACCAAGCGUACCCUUUUACAACCUCAUGAGACGAUGCCUGCGGAAAUGGCUUCACAACUGGAGUCCUCUCUGCUCAAUUGUCCAGAUUCCCUCGACGCUGAUACUCCCAAACUCUAUUACAACUCAUUAUCAUUGCCUCACCCAACAUCCAUAUUUUUCCCCAACGAAACCAUCAGACUGGUUUCUAAUGACCCAGUAGACCUAGCAAAGAACCACCAGAAACAGAAUGACAUUUAUUCGAGGACGUCGAUGGGUCGCAUCAUGUCGAGAUUCGACCUGGACACUUUGUUUUUCAUAUUUUACCAUUAUCAAGGAACGUAUGAACAAUUUCUGGCAGCCCGAGAACUCACGAUUAGAGGCUGGCAGUUCAACAAAAUUAAUCGUUGCUGGUUUUACAAAGAGGUGGAAAAGCUUCCACCUGGCAUGGAACAGUCAGAGGAAAUUUCCUGGAGAUAUUUCGAUUAUCAAAAGUCCUGGCUAGCAAGACGCUGCGGCGCCGAAUUUGUAUAUCGAGAAGAAGAAUUUGAAAGGAUAUAG